CUAAUUCAUUCCUGUUGCCCUGCUCGUCCGAUUCGUCUUCUCUCUGUCCUGUGGGGGGCCAGCGACUUCGGGUUUGAUUGGGAAUCAAGCGUCCAUUCAGGCAAGGGACGAACACUUCAACUGGCGACGGUUUGAACCCUAAUCAAUAUGUCCAUAUCGGCUGACGAGCUCAAGGCCAUUCUACUGCAGCAACAAGCACAAUUUGAGGCAUCCCAACUCAGGCUGAUCGAAACUCUUACGCGCCAACUCUCAAUCCAGACCGGUUCACUGUCUACAACCGUCAAGCCGUCCGCAUCGGUAGACGCCAUCACUAACAGCAUUACCGAAUUUUCGUACGACCCCAAUGCUGGCCUAACUUUUGAAUCUUGGUUCAAGCGUUAUGAAGAUGUGUUCCGCGUUGAACUUGGAGACCAUGAUGACGAUUGGAAAGUCCGAUUGCUGUUAAGGAAACUUGGAACAGCAGAGCACUCCAGGUAUGUCAACUUUAUUUUGCCUAAGAACGCUCGAGACUGCACUUUUGAGGAGACUGUCAAAUGCUUGGGCCAAAUAUUUGGAGAGCAGUCAUCCAUCUUCAACACACGAUAUCAAUGCCUGAAGAUCGCCAAGGCAGACGCUGAUGACUACGUCACUUAUGCUGGCAUCGUCAAUCGCGAGUGUGAAAAAUUCGACAUCAAAUCCAUUACGGCAGAUCAAUUCAAAUGCCUGAUUUUUAUCUGUGGCCUACAUUCCCCACGGGAUGCAGAGAUUCGCACCAGGCUGCUGAGUAAACUUGAACAAGACCAGCAAAUGACUCUACAGACCAUAACUACUGAAUGCCAACGAUUGCUGAACCUCAAGCAUGACACUCUUAUGCUGGAGAAACAACAAUCCAUUCCAAAUCUUAGUGUAUUAAAGACAACCUCAAAGAAACCGCUUUCAAGUGAAACAGGCCAGGAAAAGCCCAGACAGAAUACCAAGCCGCCGACUGCCUGUUGGAGAUGUGGUGAGUGGCAUUUUGUUCGAGUGUGUCCAUUCCUGCAACACGUUUGCCACAAGUGUCAUAAACGGGGCCAUAAGGAAACGCACUGCCGAUGCAGACCGCAGUUCAAGCGUGCAAGACAUACGCGACCGCAUUCAACGGUUCCCAAAAGAUUCAGCAACUAUAGUACGGUUCAAGCGGCCUACUCUGAUGAACAUGUGGCUCGCAGAAAGUACGUCAGAGUUCACCUGAACGGGCAUCAAGUGCGUCUUCAGCUUGAUACAGCCUCGGACAUCACAAUUAUCUCCAGCAAAACUUGGCAAAAUAUUGGUGCUCCGUCAAUCAACCGAACGACACAUGUUGCACUUAACGCUUCAGGAGAUCAACUUAAUCUCAUUGGUGAGUUGCAGUGUGAAAUGGUUUUUGGCGCUGCUCGGGCAAACGGUGUCGUGUACAUUACGGGCCUGUCACAUUUGAAUCUUCUUGGACUCGACUGGAUCCAGAAGCUCCACCUGUUCGACAUCCCCCUGAGUCAAGUCUGCAAUACCCUCCGGCUCGGAGAUACGAGGCCCUCUUCAGAAGGUGACGGACCAAACAUCAACCUGAUCGAGCAGCUACGAAGGAAAUUCCCGGCUGUGUUUUGCAACGACUUGGGAAGAUGCACAAAGACCAAAGCAAGCCUUACUCUCAAAGACGGUGCCAAACCCGUAUUCCGACCCAAAAGACCGGUACCGUACGCUGCGCUGCCGAUUGUUGAUGCGGAACUUGAUCGUUUGGAGCGGGCAGGCGUCAUCCAACCUGUGAACUACUCAGCGUGGGCAGCACCUAUUGUUGUCGUCAAGAAGACCAAUGGAGCCGUUCGUAUCUGUGCUGACUACUCUACGGGAUUGAAUGCUGCUUUGAAAAUGCACCAGUAUCCUUUGCCAGUCCCAGAAGAUUUAUUUGCCAAGCUCAGUGGUGGCGCUUACUUUGCAAAGCUAGAUUUAUCAGAUGCUUAUCUUCAAAUUGAAGUCGACGAUGCUUCAAAGGAAUUGCUGGCAAUCAAUACGCAUCGAGGGUUAUACCAGUUCAACCGUUUGCCGUUUGGUGUCAAAUCAGCUCCCGCGAUUUUCCAACAAAUUAUGGAUACGAUGUUAGCUGGGUUAUCAGGAGUCGCAGCUUACUUGGACGACAUCAUAAUCAAAGCGUCUACCUUCCGAGAGCUGACGGAAAGACUGGAAGCAGUUCUCCACCGCGUUAACGACUACGGUUUCCACUUGAAAGCAGAAAAGUGCAAUACUGGCAUGAAGUGUGUAAAGUAUCUUGGCUUCAUCAUCGACAAGGAUGGCCGUCGUCCGGAUCCUUCCAACAUAAGCGCCAUAAGACAGAUGCCUCCACCUGACAAUGUGGCGAAGCUCAGAUCAUUCUUGGGGUUGAUCAGUCAUUACAGCUCUUUUGUGCCCGAAAUGCAUCGGCUACGAGGACCACUCAAUGAACUUCUGGUAAAGGAUCGCAAAUUUGUGUGGUCUCCUGAAUGUCAAGCCGCAUUUGAUAAUGUCAAGUCUAUAUUGUGUUCUGACCUAUUGCUAACGCAUUUCAAUCCGGAGCUGGAGAUCGUAGUUGCUGCUGAUGCGUCAGACUACGGAAUUGGAGCAGUCAUAUCCCACAUUUUCCCCAAUGGUUCGGAGAAAGCUGUGGCGCAUGCGGCCAGAUCACUCACCCCAGCGGAACGUAACUAUGGACAAAUCGAAAAAGAAGCUUUAGCCAUAGUGUUUGCAGUCAAGCGAUUUCACAAAAUGCUCUAUGGACGAAAAUUCACGCUAAAGGCAUUCCGGUCUGCACGGCCAGUCGUCUCCAACGCUGGGCAACGGUUCUACUUGGUUACGAUUUCGUCGUCAAAUAUCAAUCUACACACAACAUUGGUCAAGCAGAUGCGUUAUCUCGUUUAA